GAAUACAAGUGCCAGCACAUAAAGAGGAACAUACAGGAAACAGCCGGCAGGAAACGCAGCCCCAGGGCAGGACCUGUCGUCACCUGCUUGCUGGUGCGUGAAAAUCGCUGCCACGUCAGAGUUAGCAGACAAGGACAGGGAAAAGGACCACAGCCCAAAACACAGAGCGCCGAGGGUCACAGACCGAGCUGCGACAGCUAAUUCUCCACCGGAGUGGGGCAGGAUUGCCUACCCUAACUCGGAAGGACAGCGGCGGGCCCGACCCCUCUCCAGGAACGGGGGCACCCGCACUCACCGAGAGCUCCGCAGCGCUCGCAGUGUCCCCUCCUGCGGCCCAGACCCGUGAUAGACCGCGAGCUGGGCGGCCUCGGCCUCGUCACCCCUCGCCCCGCUCCCUGAACGGGCGGCGAGGGCGCCUCACGGAACAGCGUCAGGCGGCGCGGACGACCCGGCCCCCAGCCCAGCGGCGCGGGCGGAGGGAAGGCGGCCGCGGCGCUGGAACUGCGUCAGAGCGCAGCGCCCGCGUGAGGGCCGCGGGCCGCCAUCUUGGGGCCGGGCAGCAGCCAUUUGCCCCUCGCAACGGACCCGUCCCCGCCUCCUUCCAGCGCCCGUCGCGAUUGCCGGAGCCUUUAGUCGGGAAAGCAAACAAAACCCCUCUCAAACAACAACAACAAAGUGCGCUAAAAAGCUGAACGCGGUUGCUCCCGUGCUCCUCCUUACCUCAGCGAUAAAGCAGCUCUCCUCCUCCACGCGUGAGGGAACUCUUAGAGUCCCUGUCAGGUCCCUUUCCCUGGCUAUAGCUAUGCUCACAGUUCUGUGCUUAUCGUUCAUCUAGUUCGCUUGGGAGCCCUUAAAAUAUCGCCUUCUGUACACAACGCGCCGCUGCCAAUGCUCAGGAAAUCAGCAGCCAGCUAGCACAUGACCACCUUCACCAGACUACGUCCUCUCCCGUGCCACAAUGCGACAGCAGUGCCAUGCCCCGAAGCUUCCAUUAGGGCUUGGACAGCCAGACGAAGCCCAGUCUGAAACGGCCCUUGCCGCGGCUUCCCUUGCCGUGACCCAAACCAGCUGCUGGCGCGACCCGCCCAGAGCCAAAAUGGCUCCGCCCCGGCCUCGCCUGCCCUGUUGCAAAAUGGCUGCCGCAAGGCGCCGGCGUGUGCGGUCAGCUGGUGCAGGGCGCGGCCCCUCCUCCUCCUCCCCCUUCCCCCGCCAGGCAGGCGGCGAGGGGAGCGGCGGGCGCUGCACGCACCGAGCCCACGCCGGAGGCCCCGCAGGAGGGGACGGAGCCGCUCCUCCUCCCGCCCUGAGCCGGCGCGUCCCGAAAGACAAGGGGAGAAGGCGGGAAGGAGCCAUGAAGCCACCCCUGAGGGACGGCGAAGCGCGGUGAGGGUUCCUACAGGAAGCUUGUCCCUGCUCGGCAGCCGUAAGCGAGGGCGGGGCUCCUGGCGUUCCCGCCUAAAUCGCUGAGGGGGCUGUGGCUGGGGCUGUUCGGCCCCUCGAGGCCCUUCGGCCAUGAAGCUGCUGCGCCUCUUGUGCCGCCACAAGACGGCCCUAGGCCUGGGCGGCCUGUCACUCUUCGCCGUGGUCCUACUUUACCUGGCCAAGUGCACCUCCGAAGGCCUCCGUCCUCUGCCAGCCUCCCGCGGGCUCCCCCACAACCAGCCCGCGGCCGCGCCACCGCGGGGUGCCAGGGAAGCGCAUCCCCCCGCGGCCCCGCCAGCCCCUCCCGAGGACACCGCCUUCCUAGCCGUGCUCAUCACCAGCGGCCCCAAGUACAGCGAGCGCCGCAGCAUCAUCCGCAGCACGUGGCUCUCGGCCGCCGGGCGUCCUCCUCACGAUGACAUCUGGAGCCGCUUCAUCAUCGGUACGGCGGGGCUCGGGGCAGAGGAGCUGCGUAGCCUGGAGCUGGAGCAAAGCCGGCACAGAGACCUCCUCCUCCUGCCUGAGCUGCGGGAUUCCUAUGAGAACCUGACUGCUAAAGUGCUGGCCACUUACGUCUGGCUGGAUCUGCACCUUGACUUCCAGUUCGCCCUGAAGGCUGAUGACGAUACCUUUGUGCGCUUGGAUGUGCUGGUGGAAGAGCUGAGAGCCAAGGAGCCGCGUCGCCUCUACUGGGGCUUCUUUUCUGGCCGUGGCCGAGUGAAAUCUGGUGGCAAAUGGAAAGAGAGCGCCUGGGUGCUCUGUGACUACUAUCUACCAUAUGCUCUGGGUGGUGGUUAUGUGAUUUCUGCAGAUCUGGUGCACUAUCUGCGUCUUAGCAGAGACUACCUGAACAUGUGGCAGAGUGAAGAUGUCUCCCUGGGGGUAUGGCUGGCUCCCAUCGAUGUGAAGAGAGUGCAUGACCCUCGCUUUGACACCGAGUAUAAGUCACGAGGUUGCAACAAUAAGUACAUAGUAACUCAUAAGCAAAGCAUCGAAGACAUGCUGGAAAAGCACCAGACCCUGGCUAAAGAAGGAAAGCUCUGUAAGGAGGAGGUUAAGCUCAGGCUUUCCUACAUGUAUGACUGGGGAGUCCCUCCUUCACAGUGUUGCCAAAGGAAGGAUGGCAUCCCAUGAAAGUCUGAGGAAGGAAAAGGCAGGCUGCUGAUGGACUGUCUGAGCUUGGUUACUGUUACCUGGGGAGAAUCCCGGUAACUAGGGCUUAAAAAGUACUCAAAAAGAUUUUGCACGAUGCGUUAUGCCAUGAUAAAUGAAACUGAAACUCCUGAGAGCUGCUGAUGUGGCAUGACACAGAGAUGUUCAAAAAAGAGAAUCAGAUGACAAAAAGCAUGGAAAGGUUCAUGUGACAGGACUGAAGGCAAGUAGUAGGUUACAAAAUAUGGAUAGUACAGAAAAUGUAGGGGCAAUAACUUGGAUGAAAAGAUACUGGAAGGUUUUUAAUAGAUUAUAAGAUAUAUUUGCUGAAGUUGACAGACUUCAUGCUGUCUGUAAGAUUGUGACACUAGCAUCUGCCAUUAUUUCUUGGCAAGGAAGAAGUGUCAGUUUAGCAAGGUUUGGGGCCACAAAUCAGCUGUUAUUGCCAGUGGGAAUGGGUAGCUGGUUAUUGACAAGCAGUCAAGUGAAGGGAACAUUUUUGCCUAGGACACUGGCAUUAGAAGAGGGGGAGAGUUUGGCAAGUGCUCUGAUUCACAGGACUGGAAUUACUAGACCUUCUGUGUAACUUGUCUCUUAAGCUUUUUGUUGUUUUAUGGACAUCAUGUACAUAAAUUAUCUGGCAGCUAUGGAGUAAGUCUGUAUUUAGAAAAGUGGACAAGUUUUGCUACUUGGCAGGUAUAGAAUAUAUUGUCUUAUUUUGGAGGCAAGUAGUUAUGCUCCAAAGCUAGCCUCCACUUGUUAGACAUAGUGUUGUUCUUAGCUUAUCCUCCAAAGACACUGUGAAUGAAGAAACAUUUGCCCUCCCAACAGUAAGUAAUGUUACUACUAAAAAGUCAGACCUUGUUGGCUUCAGAUUUAUAUUGCUCUGGAAUACUUCUAUAAAAUGGAACUUGGCAGGAUUAGAUCAGUGGAUGCUAUUCAGAGUUCAAACAAGACUGCCCUAAGGUAGGUACCUCAGCUAAGAAGGUAAGCUCUGUAUGUAGUCAAGAGAAAUAGGCUCCUCCACCCCCCAAAUUCCUGUUUGAGGAGAACCUUGUCUCUCUUCAGGAUGUGCACUGCAAUCCAGGGAGACUAAUCUCCCAACAGUCACAUUUCAAUGCCUGAAGCUAGUCUGUGUGAAUUCCCUCCUCUCCAAUAGCAGCUUUCAGUGGAACUAGUAACUAAUUUUUAGGUGCUCUUAAUUGCUCAAAUGAUAUGUCAGUAAAUGGGAUUAUGUCCCUUAGUCCUGUCUGCACUACAAACAAUUCUGGUACUGACAGAGCUUGUCAGCAUCGGAUGUAUAGAACAGUAAACACAGACAGGACAUACUUGGCUGUAAAACAGAUCACUUACACAAUUUCACUGUGUUAUCUUCAACCCUUUAGGGAAGCCUGUAACUCCUUUUUGAAUGACAGGUGCUCUAAUACACAGAAUACUUUGUUUUUCCCAGUACUAGCACAGAACUACUGACUUCCAGUAACCUUUGUCAGCUACAGAUCCUUCAGUCUAAGCAGAGUUUUGACUUUUAUGCCUGAAGGGCAUUCUUAAUUCUCAGUUUUACUGUUUGUUGCACAGUGCACUUUCAUACAAUUCAGUCUCCUCCUCUUCCUGGGUCAGUGUCUGUUCCCACCUGUAGGAAGAGCCAAACUACAAAGACAAAAAGAAAGGGGUACCAAUAUCUCUGUGGUUUUGCUUCUUAAAUUAGCAAUUUAGUACCAAAGGAACAAGGAUGGGUUGUUUUGUUACUCUUCUCAUUUGGAUUGAUUUGAGGCUUAAGAAGUGUCUUUUGCAGAGGGUGAUAGUUCUCUGUUUCAAAAAACCUGAACAAAUCUUUGACUUUGUUCUAGCACAAAGAUAAAUUAUGAUGCUGAAUAAAAGAAGUUACUUUAGCAUGUGUCCAUUCUAAUGCAUGCUUAUGUAUUGACAGACAGACAGAUGUGCCCUUCAGCAAGGUAUACUAUUCCAGAACAAGAGUUUAACAAGAUGACAGAACACACUGCCUGCAAGACUGGAAUCUGUUGCUACAUGUACCUGUGUAAGAUGUGCUUUUACCUUGCAACUGGAAUUACUUUAUGCCAACAUAAUAUGCCAGUUAUUACUUUCUAAUACAGACUAUUUAGGUAAUGUCUGGUAAAACUUGGAAACAGAACAGCCUGUUACUUGUAGCCUCCCUGAAGCUGAAGGAUACUACAAAAGUGUGCCUUUAUGAAACGGAAUUAGCCUGCGGUACCAUGCUGAGGGUGUUCUCAACAACUGAAUGCAAUUGCACAUGUUUUGCAGCCACAUCACUUGACCAUUUAGGGGUGGGGUGUGGCACACACUUUAUUUGCUCAGCAUUUAUAUAAGGAAUAAACUAGAAACCUGAAGCUAUCUGUGAUGCUGAACACUCUUGGUAAUUGCAUAAGCGUGUUGUUUGUGUAUUUAUGUCCUCUCAUGUAUGCCUUUGUUGGCCAAGGGAUCUGUGUGCUGUGAUUUUUAU